GCAAACGCUCAGUAGUCAGUUCACAGUUGCCUCAGUAGUGUAAUGGACGCUUGAGAGUUUAGUGUUUAGUCUUGCCUUCUUGCUCCAUGGCGUUAGUUCUGUGAAACGUUUCUAGAAACAAGAAAACAAGGAUUUGUAAGCGACAAAUCGCUUUAUUCUGACAUUUUCAGUUAUUCGAUCGAUUUGUUUAAUUUAGUGCCUAAAAAUGAACAUCAAUUCCCCUUCGGUAGAGUUGAGCUCUUACCGUGAUCAACAUUUUAAGGGCUCUCGAGCUGAACAAGACAGACUGCUCAGAAAUUCCACCACUUUAUAUGUCGGAAAUCUGUCGUUUUAUACAACAGAGGAACAAAUAUAUGAACUGUUUUCAAAAUGUGGAGACAUCAAGAGAAUCAUAAUGGGUCUUGACAAGUACAAGAAAACGCCAUGUGGCUUUUGUUUUAUGGAAUAUUAUUUGAGAGCCGAUGCUGAAAACUGUAUGCGUUAUAUAAAUGGAACAAGACUGGAUGACAGAAUAAUAAGAACAGAUUGGGAUGCUGGUUUUAUUGAAGGAAGACAGUACGGACGUGGGAAAACUGGAGGACAAGUAAGAGAUGAAUAUCGAUCAGACUUUGACAGUGGCCGAGGGGGCUACGGUAAGAUUCUCCAACAGAAAGUAGGAACAAUAGGAGAAGCUGCUUUCUAAAGUGUACUGGUUAAAUUUAAGUGUAAAAUUGAGAUAUAAGAAUGAACUCGAGUGACCAACAAUAACGAAAAGUGUAUGACAAAAGACGAUGGCGUGUAAAAAAAAAUAACUUUUAAGUAUUAGAGGAUAUUCUAUUAAUUUUAUAAAGAAAAGAGCGUGAUACUAAUUAACGAAAACACUUUGCAGAAACAUUUCUUGAACUUAAUCAAUUACAUUUACAUUUAAGUUGUAUAUUAUUUAAACUUGCAUCUCGAUAUAGAUACUGUUUAUUUUGCAAUUGAUUCUUUUAGUCUUUAUAUAUCAAUGUAAUAAUAUAAAGUCGUUUCUGCUAUCAUAAUUUAUGUAAAAAUUACAUAUAAUAAUACAUGAGACUUGGAAAAUAAAAUGACUUUCAAGUAUCAAAACUCAA